GUGUCGAACUCAUUCCUCCCGACACUCCCUCUUCACUGAGUGAACUUUGAGUUUCAAUAAGAGGAAGCAAACAGCUCACACACACUCUCACUCUCACAUACACACACACACUCUUGCUGGAGGUGCACACCUGUACAUCAGGACCUUUUCUCCACUUACACACAUAAUGGCGAACAAGGGACCUUCAUACGGUUUGAGCCGUGAGGUUCAGAGUAAGAUCGAUAAGAAGUACGACCCUGAGCUGGAGGAGCGUCUCGUCGAGUGGAUAUCAGCUCAGUGUGGCCCGUCAGUGGGGAAACCACAACCCGGAAAACAGGGCUUCCAGACAUGGUUGAAAGAUGGAUGUAUUUUGUGCGAGCUCAUUAACAGCCUUUAUAAGGACUCCAAGCCAGUAAAGAAGAUCCAGAGCUCCGGCAUGGCCUUCAAGCAGAUGGAGCAGAUCUCGCAGUUCCUUACAGCUUCUGAGAGAUACGGAGUCACCAAAUCGGACAUAUUUCAAACAGUGGAUCUCUGGGAAGGUAAAGACUUGGCAGCAGUACAAAUGACUCUGAUGUCUCUGGGAAGUUUGGCAGUUACUAAGGGCGAAUGUUACCGAGGUGACCCAAACUGGUUUCAUAGGAAAGCGCAGGAGAACAAGCGGGAUUUCACGGAGGACCAGCUAAAGGAGGGUCAGAGCGUCAUUGGCCUGCAGAUGGGCUCCAACAGAGGAGCAUCUCAGGCAGGAAUGACCGGCUAUGGGCUACCCCGGCAGAUCAUCAACUAAACCUUGUCUACAGAUGUUCGACACGCACCCAGUUCUAACCACUCAGUCAGAAAACUGGACAAUGGAGGGGACCAACCAUUUAUAAUCACUUUCAUUGUAGUUUCCAAACAAAAAUACAACAAUCUAUUUUAAACACACACACACACACACACACACACACACACACAUACCCUCAUCUCAAAAUUAGCCUAAUGCUAAUAAAAGGACUUUAAUCUCAGCAUGUUUGUGCAUUGUAUAUUGAUUAUUCCGAAGAUGAUUUUGCAAAUAAAUUGCUACGUUUUUCACCUCA